AUGAGGAGGAUUGUGACUGAUAAAGUUGAUCAAACAAUCCUGCAGACAGAAGCAACACAGUCUUCUACACAAACCAGAUAUCUCUGUCCUCUACUUAAUUUGUCUUUGUCUAAACACACAGGUUCACUCAGCCAGUUAGAUGUUUGUGGUCGAGCCCCCCUCAACAACAAAAUUGUUGGAGGAGAGGAUGCGACAGCAGGGUCUUGGCCGUGGCAAGUCAGCAUUCAUGUCAUCGGCUUUGGCCAUAACUGCGGCGGGACUCUGAUCACCAAAGACUGGGUUUUAUCUGCAGCUCACUGCUUCCAGAAAAUUGAUGUGUCUAAGGUUGUGAUGUACUUCGGGCGUAUGAGACAAUCCGGCUCAAACCCUAAUGAAACAUCCAGGACAGCGAGGCAAAUCAUCACCCAUCCUAACUAUAACAGUGACACUAUUGACAAUGACAUAGCACUGGUCCAGCUCUCCUCUUCUGUGAAUUUCACUGAUUACAUUAAGCCGGUCUGUCUGGCGGCGGCUGGUAGUGUAUUUUCUGCAGGUACAGAGAGCUGGGCCACUGGAUGGGGCAGGCUGCAAACUGACGGUGAGUGAACAUUCGCUUGGCAA